UCUAUUUUCAGUUUAUUCAGUGUAUCCUAUCUAGAAUAAUGAAUCUCCAACUUGCGCUAUAACUGUUGUACAUCUAUACAUUGGCAUUCAGGUGAAGGAAAUGGACAAUGAAUGGAGGCUAUGCCUAGAGAAAACAGACUCUCUGAUGUCCAUAACAAAUGAAGGAUUGGCAUCGGAGCAAGUUCAAAAUUGGACUGUUCAGGCAAUACAGGCACAAAACAGUAACACCAAAAGAAAACAGACAUCAAAUUUUUAUUCCUCUUCAUUCAGGAAGAAGAGUCAAGUUGCAGUUAAGGAAUCUAGAGUUGUGUCAUUUGUACCAGGUUACAGACUCAUACUCCACAGACAUCAUACUAAACACACAGUCCCAGCACAGCAGAGCGGAGUUCAUACAAAUACUGAACAGGAUACCUGUAUGGACUCAUUAAUAGAUUUGUAUAAAGUGAAGGACGGUCCAAGAUGAAAUUUUAAAAAUUAAAUCAUAUUAAGCUUGUUGAUCUUUUCCAGCAAGUUUGGGAAAUGUUUUCAAGAAUUUAUCACUUAUAAAUCAUACUUUUAUA